AUGAUGCGUGUGGCGGCUGUGUUGGCUGUGGCGGUGGCCCUGGUUGCGGCGGUGAUCGCGGAAGAAACGGGCGGAGAUGAUGCGCCCAGGCCGCACAUCUUCAUGGUGAUUGUCGACGAUUUCGGCUGGGCAGAGGUCGGCUAUCAUCGGAGCGAAGAGUACAAGCAAGACGUCCAAACUCCCACCAUUGACGCGCUAGUGCAGGAGGGCAUCGAGCUCAAUCGUCACUACGUGCAUUAUGCCUGCACGCCGAAUCCCUGUCAGCCAGGCUGCGGCAUGCCUCAAAACAUGACGGGCGUGGCCGAGCACCUUCAAAGUGCCGGGUAUGCCACCCAUUUCGUCGGCAAGUGGGACGUCGGCAUGACCACGCCUCAGCACACACCCAAGGGCCGUGGCUACGACACCUCUCUCAACUAUUUUGGCCAUGGCAACUGGAUGUGGAGUGAGGCUGAAUGGCAAGGCUCAUAUAACCAUCGCUCGGAUCUUCCCCCUUGCGAGCCUCCUGCCUGCUUCAAGGACUUUUGGGAAACCGACAAGCCUGCCGCAGAGCUGAACGGCACACAGUAUGAAGAGGCCAUCUUCCGCGACCGCGUCUAUUCAAUCCUGGAACAACAUGAUCCUAGCACACCCUUGUUUCUCACCUAUGCUUCAAAGGUGGCGCACUACCCGCUCCAGGCACCGAUUGAGUACCAGGAGAAAUUCUCUUUUAUCGAGGAGCCACACCGUCGCGUUUAUCACGCCAUGGUCGCCUUUCUUGACGACAACCUGGCCAACUUUACCAGCCUGCUCAAAUCCAAGGGCAUGUGGAACAACACUUUGAUGGUUUUGACCUCCGACAAUGGAGGCUAUGUCAAGUCAUUCUUGGGUGACUGUGAUAACAACACAUCCCAUGGUUAUGCGUGCUUCAACGGCGAGGCUGGUGCAAACUAUCCAUUGCAGGGGGGCAAGUACUCAACCCUGGAGGGUGGUGUGCGGGUGAAUGCUUUUGUGUCGGGCGGAUUUGUGCCCGAAGAGCGUCGUGGCACUCGUGAGGAUGAAAUGGUGCAUGUCGCCGAUUGGUACGCCACUUUUGCAGCGCUAGCCGGCGUGGACCCGACCGAUCAUCGUGCGGCCCAGCACAAUUUACCGCCCAUCGACUCGCUCAACAUUUGGCCUCUCCUUUCCGGGGCCAAUGUGUCAUCACCUCGCCAAACGCUGCUCAUUGACCCACACGCCCUCAUCUGGGGUAAAUGGAAGGUUUUGCAUGGUAAUGUCAUUGAGGCCAAUUGGGGUGGUCCGCAGUAUCCCAAUGCUUCGACCGCCGACGAUCCCAUCGAAAACUACUCGCGCAACUGCAGUCAGGGCUGUCUGUACAACGUGCACGAUGAUCCUUCCGAACGCACGGACCUAGCUGCCAGUGAACCGGAGCAGCUUCAGACCAUGCUGCAGAUGCUUCAAUUGCAAGCGCAGUCGAUAUGGAGCCAACCCAUCGGCCAGAUUGAUCCUGCCUGCAGCACGGCGGCCAUGGAUCGCUACAACGGCUUUAUUGGGCCAUGGCUGGAUGUCGAUGGACAGCUGCUUUGAGAUCAAUCGCGUGUGGACCUGCCAAGCUUGGCUGUGAUUUCAAGUUGAAAAUUUUAGAUUCUCG